CGCCGCGACCAGAGAGGGGUUCCCCUUUCCAACAGAGCAGGGAGGCUGACAGAGGCUCCUUAACGUGUGAAAACUCGGACAACUAACAACCAGAAAGUACCGCCGUGGAUCGACUGAACACCUAAAGUCAAACUGCUUUUCUGAAAGUGAAAUGACCAGAUUUGAAGGUUAAAGUGCAUCUGUUUUGCGCCUCUCGUCGUGCGCUCUCACGACGGAUUUAGGUCUCCGAUGCCCAAAGAGUGCAGGAGAAAGACCUCCAAGGACUUCGGGCUUUCUGGAAUAAACGAGGGGUCGCGUUCAGAGCGGAGAACAGCCGCGAAGUCGUCGCAGAUUUGCGAUGGUCUCAUUCAGAAAGCCGCUCAAAUCGCCCCGUCGUCCGCCGCCGGAGCGCCGACUGUGAUGGAUGCGCGCCGGGUACCGCAGGUAACCAUCACCCCGGAGGGAGGCGGCUCCUCCCGGGAAAUGCAGCAGGAGGAUUGGGAUGAUGUGGUGGACGGAUCCCUGCGCAGGAAGCUGUCCAACUCAUCUAUCUCCUCUGGAGGGUCCUCCGCUGUGGAGUCCGAGGAUGACCUACUCAGUGACAACGAGACCAAAAGCAAAGGCAUCAUCACGUUAGAGCACCUUGGGGACACCGGAGAGAGCAAGCCGUGGUGGAAGUUAAAGACGAUCGUCCACUGGCCCUUUAGUGCUACCCAGAGGAGAAAACUGAGCUGGGUUCAGCUAGCCGGGCAUAAAGGUAACUUCAAAGCAGCAGACGAGGGCACCAUCCUGAAGAAGUUCUCGGAAAACGAGAUGCAGUGUUUUGAGAAGCUGAGGGAUGACGCACUCCUACCGUUUGUGCCCGGUUACCACGGCACUGUGGAAAAAGAUGGAGAGACUUUCCUUCAUAUGACUGACCUGCUGGCGAACUUUGACCAUCCCAAUGUCAUGGACUGCAAGAUGGGAGUGAGGACAUACUUGGAGGAGGAGCUUGUCCGGGCGCGGGAACGGCCCAAGCCGAGGGAGGACCUGUACCGUAAAAUGGUGGAGGUGGAUGGCGAUGGGCCGACUCCCCAGGAACAUUCCCAACGUGGCGUCACAAAGCCUCGCUACAUGCAGUGGAGGGAGACCAUGAGCUCCACCAACACCCUGGGCUUCAGAAUAGAAGGGAUCAAGAAAUGUGACGGUACGUGUCGGACUGACUUCAAGAAAACCAGAUCGAAGCAGGAUGUCAUCCAUGUGUUCAAAGACUUUGUUGGAGGGAACGUCAACAUUAUAACGUCUUACCUGAGCAGGCUGACGGAGAUCCGGCAGGCCCUGAAGACAUCAGAGUUCUUCAAGCAGCACGAGGUCAUUGGCAGCUCUCUCCUCUUUAUCCAUGACCACACGGGCAGUGCCCAGGUCUGGAUUAUUGACUUUGGCAAGACCACAGCCUUACCAGUGGGCCAGACGUUAACCCAUGACAUUCCCUGGCAGGAAGGCAACCGGGAGGAUGGCUAUCUGUGGGGGCUGGAAAACCUCCUCCACACCCUGGAGUCUGUCAACAAUGAAGGGACUAGCGAAGAAACCUUUUGCUCAGUUAUGAAAGAAAAUAGCCAAACUACUGAAACAGAUGAGCAUGUUGGAUACUGAUGCUGCAAUGUCUGUUAUAGCAUGUUCUUCGGUCCUGGUCAGACAUGUUCUGCAAAUGAAGUGAAUGAAAAUGUAUAAAAAAUUAAAACAGGAAAA